CUACAAGCUGCCCUAGUCACCACGGGCUACCGGGCUUCAUCUCUGAUUCCCUCCCGUUCUCCCCUCCAUGGCUCCAUCUCGCCGGGCCAUGGCUCUUUCCCUCCUCCUCAUCCUCGCGCUUCACCUCACCGCUGCGAGAGCUUUCGCCGCGUCAAGCGUCGCCGGCCGUAGCCGCGCCUUCGACCCCUCCCGCGUCGUCCAGCUCUCGUGGCACCCCAGAGCGUUCCUGCACAAGGGGUUCCUCUCGGACGCGGAGUGCGACCACAUGAUCGAGCUGGCGAAGGACAAGCUUGAGAAGUCGAUGGUGGCGGACAAUGAGUCGGGAAAGAGCGUCCAGAGCGAAGUGCGAACCAGCUCUGGCAUGUUUCUCGAGAAGAGUCAGGAUGAAGUAGUAGCAAUGAUAGAGGAGAGGAUUGCUGCUUGGACUUUCCUUCCGUCGGAGAAUGGCGAGUCCAUUCAAAUAUUACAUUAUAAGAAUGGUGAGAAGUAUGAGCCACACUACGAUUACUUCCAUGACAAAAAUAACCAAGCUCUCGGUGGUCACCGAAUAGCGACAGUGCUCAUGUACCUGUCUAACAUUGAGAAGGGUGGAGAGACCAUCUUCCCUAACGCAGAGGGGAAGUUAACACAACACAAGGAUGAGACGGCAUCUGAGUGUGCUAAAAAUGGAUAUGCUGUAAAGCCCGUAAAAGGUGACGCCCUGCUGUUCUUCAGCCUCCACCCUGAUGCAACGACAGACCCUGACAGUUUGCACGGGAGCUGCCCCGUCAUCGAAGGCCAGAAGUGGUCCGCCACGAAAUGGAUCCAUGUGAGGUCCUUCGAAAACUCAGGCAAGCAGGGAGCUUCCGGUGACGGGUGCGAGGAUGAGAAUGUCCUCUGCUCGCAGUGGGCUGCCGUUGGGGAGUGCGCCAAGAACCCCAACUAUAUGGUGGGCACGAAGGAAGCACCUGGCUUCUGCAGGAAGAGCUGCAACGUGUGCGUGCAGUAAGUUGUUUUUUCUUGAGGUGCCGCAGUAAUAAGCUAAUUAAUCCACCCAUCUCAGGAUGUAAGUGGGCUGUUUGCUGGAUGCUUUUGGACUUGGCCACAUUGUC